UCUGAUUCCAGAUGACCCUUUUGCAUCUUGUGAAAAUAAGUACUGUGGCUUGGGAAGGCACUGUGUUAUCAACAGAGAGACAGGGCAAGCAGAGUGUGCCUGCAUGGACCUUUGCAAACGGCACUAUAAACCCGUGUGUGGAUCUGAUGGAGAAUUCUAUGAAAACCACUGUGAAGUGCACCGAGCUGCUUGCCUGAAAAAACAGAAGAUUACCAUCGUUCACAAUGAAGAUUGCUUCUUUAAAGGAGAUAACUGCAAGACCACUGAAUACAGCAAGAUGAAAAACAUCCUUUUAGAUUUACAAAAUCAAAAAUAUAUUAUGCAAGAAAAUGAAAACCCUAGUGCUGAUGACGUAUCUAGGAAGAAGCUGUUGGUGGAUCAAAUGUUUAAAUAUUUUGAUGCAGACAGUAAUGGACUUGUAGAUAUUAAUGAGCUAACUCAGGUGAUAAAACAGGAAGAGCUUGGCAAGAAUCUUUUUGAUUGUACUUUGUAUGAUCUACUGAAAUACGAUGAUUUUAAUGCUGACAAGCACCUGGCUCUUGAAGAAUUUUACAGAGCAUUCCAGGUGAUCCAGUUGAGUCUGCCUGAAGAUCAGCAACUAAGCAUCACUGCAGCAACCGUGGGACAAAGUGCUGUCCUGACCUGUGCCGUUCAGGGAGCCCUGAGACCUCCUAUCAUCUGGAAAAGGAACAAUAUCAUUCUAAAUAAUUUAGAUUUGGAAGACAUCAAUGACUUUGGAGACGAUGGGUCCUUGUAUAUUACUAAGGUUACCACAACUCACAUGGGCAAUUACACCUGCUAUGCAGAUGGCUAUGAACAAGUCUAUCAGACUCACAUCUUCCAAGUAAAUGUUCCUCCAGUCAUCCGGGUAUAUCCAGAAAGUCAGGCUAGAGAGCCUGGGGUAACUGCAAGUCUUAGGUGCCACGCAGAGGGCAUACCAAACCCUCAGCUUGGCUGGCUGAAGAAUGGAAUUGAUAUUACACCAAAGCUGUCCAAACAACUUACGCUUCAAGCAAAUGGCAGUGAGGUUCACAUAAGCAAUGUGCGCUAUGAAGAUACAGGAGCGUAUACUUGCAUUGCCAGGAAUGAGGCGGGAGUGGAUGAAGAUAUUUCUUCUCUUUUUGUGGAAGAUUCUGCAAGAAAGACCCUAGCAAACAUAUUAUGGAGAGAAGAAGGUCUGGGAAUUGGGAACAUGUUCUAUGUUUUUUAUGAAGAUGGAAUCAAAGUGAUACAGCCCAUAGAAUGUGAAUUUCAGAGGCACAUUAAACCAAGUGAAAAGCUCCUUGGAUUUCAGGAUGAAGUCUGUCCCAAAGGUGAGGGAGAGGAAAUUCAAAGAUGUAUGUGGGCAUCAGCUGUCAACGUUAAAGACAAGUUCAUUUAUGUGGCACAGCCAAUUUUGGACAGAGUACUUAUUGUUGAUGUGCAGGCCCAAAAAGUUGUCCAGGCAGUAAGCACAGACCCUGUCCCAGUUAAAUUACACUAUGACAAAUCACACGAUCAGGUCUGGGUACUAAGCUGGGGUACCUUGGAGAAGACGUCACCAACACUACAGGUAAUAACCCUGGCCAGUGGGAAUGUGCCACACCACACGAUCCACACCCAGCCUGUGGGAAAGCAAUUUGACAGAGUGGACGAUUUUUUCAUUCCCGCCACAACGCUCGUCAUCACUCACAUGAGGUUCGGAUUUAUUCUUCAUAAAGAUGAAGCUGCACUACAAAAAAUUGAUCUUGAAACCAUGUCAUACAUCAAGACAAUUAACUUGAAAGACUAUAAGUGUGUUCCUCAGUCGUUGGCAUAUACACACUUGGGAGGUUACUACUUCAUUGGCUGCAAACCUGACAGCACUGGAGCAAUUCCCCCACAGAUUGUGCUGGACAGUGUAACCGACUCAGUCAUUGGGUUCAAUAGUGAUGUGACGGGCACUCCAUAUGUCUCUCCAGAUGGCCACUACCUUGUCAGCAUCAAUGACGUGAAAGGUCUUGUUAGAGUUCAGUACAUUACCAUCAGAGGAGAAAUACAGGAGGCUUUUGAUAUUCACACAAAUCUGCACAUAUCUGAUCUGGCAUUUCAGCCGUCCUUUACUGAAGCCCACCAAUACAACAUCUAUGGUAGUUCAAGCACACAAACUGAUGUGCUCUUUGUGGAGCUCUCCUCUGGGAAGGUCAAGAUGAUAAAGAGCCUUAAGGAACCACUCAAGGCAGAUGAAUGGCCUUGGAAUCGGAAGAACAGGCAAAUCCAGGACAGUGGCUUGUUUGGUCAAUACCUGAUGACACCUUCCAAGGACUCUCUCUUUAUACUAGACGGACGACUCAACAAGUUAAACUGUGAGAUCACUGAAGUUGAGAAAGGAAAUACAGUCAUUUGGGUUGGAGAUGCCUAGGAUCACUAUUCUAUAAUUAUUGAAUGAAGAGUUUUAAAGUACAUUGAAUUUAUCCAUUGUUUAAAUUUACAGUUUAACUUUUCAACUUUAUAUCCUAGUCAAACAUAAUUUACCUGGUUGUCCCAAAUAAAAUAGGUUGUUUUUGGCCAAGACAUAUACAAUUAAUAAUAUUGAUCAAUUAAAAAUAUAUAACAAUAUUUAAUGAGAAAUUAUAUCAGUCAUAAGAAUCAAAUAUACAAUUAUGUUUUAAAACAAUAAAACAGGACUUUAAAUUCUUAAAAAAUAACAAAACUGCAGGGAAUUUGAGAUGACUAAAGCAUCAUUUCAUUUUGAGGGUAAUUGAUUUAUUGUUUUUUUCUGUCCUGUUAGUAUGAUUACACCAGAAAUAAAAGGUGGUGUGGAACCUUAAAAUUCUUAGUUUGAAAUAUUCUGUGCUGUCCACUGUUUAUAAUCUUUUGUGCCUUGAAGGGAAUGCCACAGGAGGAAAAGAAGGCUAAAAGCUGCAUACUGAAUACCCUCAUAACUAUACAUCUCUUGUCAUUAAAAAAUAUUUAACAUCUAUUGCUCCAAAUCUUUCCUUCAGUCAUUUGUUUAACCCUCAAUGAAAUAUCACUGGAAGGCAUAGGUUGGCCUUAGGAUGUAUACAGGUGUCAAACACAAUUUGACAUUUACUGUAUAAUCUGUAGCAUGCAAUAGAAAUUGAUAGGAAGGGAAGAAAAAUAAUUACGCUGAAAAUGUUUGCAAUGUAUCUACUAAUUUUGCUUCAAUCACUAGAGUGCAUUAUAUUUUUAAUGCAAGUUUGUCUGGGAUGUCAACUACUUACAAAUGUUCACUUUAUUAUUAGCAGAAUAAAUUAUUUCUUUUGACAUAGCCCAGUGUUGCAUCAAUAGGAACUUUUCGUCCUAAACAAGAAGCAUUACUUUUGUCUGCUAAAGUAAACCACAUAUAGAGAAAUUAACUUCUGAGAAAGAAAAAUAAAAAACUGGCAAGAAAACUCAUGUGAUAUAGUGGCCUAGGAUAAUUAGGGAAUAAAAGAAUAACCUUACAGUGGUGAGUAAAAAAUGCGCUUCUCCAUUGUUUUUGCUAUUUAAAUAUAACCUUUCAAAAACUUUAUUCAUAGUAAUUUUCCUUAAUGACUUCUCUAUUCAACUCCUACAUAAUCCUAAAACCACCUUCUCGCUACAGGCUAUAGUUUGAAACCUAACUAAUCCUCUUACUUGAGACAGUGCAGAGAUGUAAAAAUUACUUUUCUCUUAAGAGGAAAAGAGAAAGACAGUAGAAAUAGAUUGAAAUAAGCAAAUAACUAUACAGGCUUAAAGUAAUAGCUUACAUAUUCUGGGAAUCUUUUUACUUUUUGUUUUUAUUGUUGCUAAAAGAAUGCUAAUGGGCUGUUGAAAUGACCUCCAUUUACUGAAGGCAAUCCAAUAAGGUCUUUUUUAAAUACAAAGUUUACUCAAGUUUAAACUGUGUAAAACUGCUUAGAAACUGAAAAUUUUAUAGUGUGUAAUAUCUUAUGUGUAUAUAGCAUCCUGAUCUGUGUGAUACAGUAGAUUUCUUCUUAGCUUAAGGAAACAUUAUACAAGGUAGAUUUAAUAAACUACAGCUUAUGUUUCUACUUAAUGAACCUGCUUUACUUUUUAGCAAUUUUAUCCCUUGUGAACAUGAACCAUAUAAAGUAUCUGUGACUUAAUGAUUUAAUGUAAGUCUGUCCCAUACAUCCUUCUUGGAUCGUUUACACCAUGUGUAUGCUCUGUCUGUAGACACUGCUUGAUAAAUGGAGAAUAAACCUCUUACAUUUUAA